AUGUAUAGCAGCGACAGAAUGCACGGCGGCGACAGAAUAAUAAUGCACGGCGACACAAUGAAUAUCCUUGUAAUGCAUACCUACUGUCCCCAAGGUUCUAGAACUAUCGCAAGCUAUAGACGGACUUUUGUUGUCCCCUUUCACCUAAUCGAGGUAGAGCUUCUGCGAUCUGUCAGCUUCUACCAUCUAGCUUCUGCGAUCUGGGCACAACAAGACACGGUAACCCCCACUAUUGAUAUACAAUCAUCGCUAGAUAUUGUCAUAUUGAUCGAUCUUGAUCGAUCAAGGCUAGGUUACAGAGACAACGCUACCAAUUUCUCCCUAUUCUGGGCUGGCAAGGGCCUAGGCCAAUUGACACCUCGGCUUGACUCCGAACUUCCGGCCUGGCUGCGACCCUGGAAAGCUGCAGGGGGGCCACACCGGCACAUCUCGAAGCUUCGGAACCUAGCUAACACGGCUGGUCUACCAGUUGUUCACCCCGUACAUUACAUCAUCCUCGAUCGACAUUCGUCCUACGCCUACAGGUCUCGAAAUGUAUACUUCACCAUUCGAAUCGACCUAAUGACGGAAAACGAGUUAAGUAGCUAUAGACAGACCAUCGAGUUGAAUUAUUAUACAUAUAAACUCAGGAGACAAAAAAACAGGGCCCUUCCUCUUUUAGGCAUGAAGUUGAGCAUGCUAACUCCCCAAGCACAACACAAGCAAAAACACAAGAUGCAGAACUUCUCGAUCACCCUCCUCCUCACUCUCCUAGCCGCUCCAAACUGCUGCGGUAUCGAGAUCGUUCGUAAAUUUACUAAUGAGCCAUCAGUUCAUGCUCGUGCCAUGCUUAUAACGGCUGCUAGGUAUGAAUUUUUGAUCCGCAGCACUCGGCAUCGUUCUAUGAACAAAUUUUUGUCGUACUAUGGCAGGAACACACGGAUUGGAUCCUUACAGCUAACGGACGCUUCCGUUUGCCGAGUGGUUAUUCUCGGUAUUGUGCUUACCUGGGAGGAUGCUAAGGAAAUGGGGAGCAGGAAGAUUGAUGAUGCGCUCAACUACCGCAUGACUCCAUUCAUUCAUUCAUUCAUUCGAUCAUACCUCGAUGCAGCUCCCUUGCGUGCGGGAGACGCUUUGCUCUCAUCUACCUCCUUGCAAGGAGGAAAGCUCACUUUCGCCAGUGAUGAUGUGAGACGAUACCAUGAGAGCCGUCUUUACUUCCGGCCGAAGACAACCCUCACCUUGUUCGAGAUUGCUGUUCGACGCUCUGCCUCGCUGUCGCUCGUUGAUGCCUUGUGGAUCAUCUUGUCACAAUCUCGUUCGUCCCAGCAGAACCAAACAAUGUACUUCACUGGGCUCGGACGGCUAAUAUGUUCCGUCAAAGCUCAUCGUAACGGACAGACGUCACCCUCAGAAGAUCCUGCUCGAGCUCUGUCUCCACUCAGACCUCCAGCGGAAGGCAUAAGAGGCUCCGUUGGAGCCGUUCUUGCAAAACAGGCACCUACGGAGCGUCUGAAAGGAGUCGAGGGAGAUCAGAAGAGUCCAGAUAACAACACAGUCAAGCCGGACACGCGCGACAUCGACCAGCCUACGUCGCAGAAGGAGAUGGAUGUAACAUUACACCGUUCGACGCUCUCCUCUCCUCAUCGUCCAAUCGAUCCUACUUCCUUUCACCCUCCACCUUCCACUGUAACUUCCAUCUCCAUUUGA